GGGAUCGCAGAGUUUCCGGUGUACCGACGUGUGUUGAUGUCCAGCUACUUCCCUCAGACAGCCGUGUUAGACUUUACCUAAUAGCAGGUUCAGUGUUAACUUACGAAUGGUGAACAUAUCCGUGGAGUUUUUGAUAAACAGUAGCUGUUUUGGUUGUCAAACAGGACGUAAAGCUCCGUGUUUCCUCGAAGCUAUCAUGCUGAACACCGAGGAAAGUUCUUGGUUAGCGGGUUCUCUGAUGCCCAGCUCCAUCCCUCAGGCUCCAGGGCCUCUGUGGUGCUCCGAUGCCCCUCACCCACAACUGAAGAUCCCGGGUGGGCGAGGGACUGUCAGGGAUCACUCUCUCGGCGUGCUACUACACAAGGAUGACAAGCUAACAGUGACGCAGGCCGCUCCAGUGAGUGGGAACCCCUCUUUUCUCUGCUUCCACUACCAGCUGAAUGAGCGCCGCUCAGCCUCCUGGAAUACGGCUCUAUCAGAAGACAGCCUCUUCCUGGAGAUUCCUGCUGGGCCGCUGGUGGAGGGGAGCAAGGAGGGGCUAACCGCUCUGCUCGAGUUUGCAGAAGAGAAGCUCAAAGUUAACUAUGUCUUCCUGUGGUUCCAUAAAAGCAGAGAGGAUCGAUUGUCUAUCAUCAAGACGUUCCACUACAUGGGCUUCGAGAUGGUGAAGCCGGGUAACCCGAUGGUACCAGCCCGGCCUGAUCUGGCCUUCAUGGUUUACUCUCUGGACAACAGCAGCUCAGAUGAGGAGUAACUGUCACCGUUUCCUGACAGCUCCCUCUCCCACCCUCACCCUCCCUCCCCACAGAAACACUCCUUUUACAUGGUUUUUUUUUCCCCCUCAAGCAAUCAAAUCUGCUUUGACUCUCCCUCUGACACAAACCCUUCCUCCCUCUCAAACAUGCUUCAUCGCUGACUCGGAGGUGUCACCUUUUUUCAUACAUGCUUGUGAUUAAAAUGGAUAUUUUGAGAGCGGUAGGAUUCCUGUGUGAUGCAGACACAGCUGCCUCCCUUCUUUUCCCUUAACUGCAGAUUGGAGAAGCAGGGAGCAGCCUAGCUUGAACUAAGUCGUCACGUGCGACGAGGGAUGUGGGCUUUUUUUUCCCCCUCUGCUUCCUCUUUUGGCCACGUUAUUUGUUUGUGAUGCCACGAACAAGACAAACACCUGCUGGACGUUCAGGAGAAGGUGGUAUUUUACAUGAAAAUUCAGCAUAUCUCUCCUCUGACAGCUUCUACCUUUUAUAUAACAGACUUUGGUUUGUGUUUGUGUGCUGUAUACCAUGCAAGUUAUGUUGGGGGUAAAAAUCGGGAAUUAUGGGGUGUGGUAUGGUCAAUAAAAUAUAGUUUUUCUUUUUAAUAUAAAUGGGUGAAAGCCUGAUCUGGUACAUUUAACAUUAAAGCACAUGUAAACAUUU